AUGAGCAUUAGAGUUGUCGAAGGAUGUUCCUCGAACGAUGUACGCAGAAGGAUUCUGUUGAAGGAUUUAGCGUUCACUGAAAUCGAAACGUUGGGUAUAGCGCAAGAGGGCGUCGAUCAGCAAAUAGAGGAUAUUGUGGCACCUCUGCCACAGGAAAAGAUUUUCCGUAUUGGACAACAGAAACGUAUACAAGGGAAGCCGAUUUCGUUGAGUUCAAGAACGACUGAUCGAACUUGUUUCAACUGUGGCCGUACGGGUCAUUACGCGGUAUCAGCUGCUUGUCCGGCAAGGGGAAAGCAAUGUCGCAAUUGCAAGAGCUACGGGCAUUUCGAGAAGCUGUGUCGGAAGGCAAAAAGACUGAUGGAAAAAGACUCCGGGAAACAAGUUCGAACAGUGGACGAGAUGCCACAAGCGGAAGUACCCACAUUGAUCGAAAAGCACAACGACGAAACGAAAGUGUAUUAUGCAUUCUAUUCAGGAAACGAAUCGAAUGUCAUUAAAUGCAUACUUGGUGGAGUCCACAUUGAAAUGUUCGUUGACUCGGGGGCAGACGCUAAUCUUAUCAGUGGAAAGAUGUGGUCAAAACUGAAGGACGACAAAACGGAGGCCAGCGUUGCUUGCUUGGUGACAAAACAGCAAAACAACGGAGUAUUGAAGGUUGGGUUAAACAUCAGUACUGUAGAGGCUAAUCCAUUUUCAAUAAUCAAGGGAGUAAAAGCGCACAUUCGUAUUGAUCCCACAGCAGUUCCAUUAUUCCAACCGAUGCGCAGAGUUCCGAUUCCGUUAGAGGAAGCUGUUGGAAGAAAACUGGAUGAUAUGUUGAGAGGUGAUAUCAUCGAGUUGGCAAGGCAAACGGAGUGUUUGGAUUUACGCAGAGUAAACGAAGCGGUUCUAAGGGAACACCAUCCGAUGCCAUUUAUUGACGAUUACCUGGCGAAAAUUGGUAGAGGGUGCGUUUGGAGCAAACUCGACAUAAAGGAGGCGUUUCUCCAAGUGGAACUUGAUGAAGCAUCCCGGGACGCAACAACAUUUAUUACCAGUCGCGGACUAUACCGUUUCAAACGAUUGUCAUUCGGCCUGGUAACAGCCCCAGAGUUGUUUCAGAAAUCAAUGGACGAGAUUCUCGUCGGGUGUGAGGGCACUUUUUGGUAUAUCGACGAUGUGAUUGUCGAAGGGAAAACACUGGAAGAGCACGAUAAGCGCCUAGAUAAGGUACUGUAA